UUUUGGAACGCACCCCUGAACCAUGUGUCACGUUUCCAUAGUCACGUCACAUCGCCUCCACCAUGUUGUAGGAAAUCCACCGCUGCUCCUCACUCACUGUCAGAUUAGAGUUUAAUCCGAGGGGGAGGAUACACUGUCAAGACGCUGUCUGCAUCUUGGAAGGACUCUCGGUGUCUAUGCAUACAAAGUAACCGCGACUUUGCGUGAGACUGUAAUUUUUUUCUACAAUAAACGGCCUGCACGUAGAAGAUGAAACACCAGUCUUCCGCUGCUGUCUUUGCCUAUCCGCCGAUUUACCAAUACGUUAAGAUGUUAGCUGGCUAACUAGCUGAAAAAGAGUAACUAAAUCGGAUUAGCUGCUAACGGCAGCCUCCCUCUACGUAAUAUCCAGGUAUUAUUUGCUGUAUUUGACAACUAUUAGCAAGCGGUCGCCUUUGUCCAUUUGUCAUUAUUUAAUACAUUUCUUUAUUCUUUGUCAACAUUACCACUUUGUGCUGUCAUUAUUCGCUAGCAUUAAUGUUUCUGCGAGCUAGCUAGGUUAUUAGCCAGCCGAAACACAAGAAGAGCUGAAGCUCUUUCGCUAGCUAAUCUACUGUUUGUUGGGAAGAGCAAAUAUUAGUGCCUCCGACCACAACCGAAAGUCAAGACGGAGCUGACGGCCAGGCUGAUGUGCUAGCUUGUCUUCGGGCCAGCUGGCGAGAGAGCUGUACAAGAUUUUAUCCCCCGAAAUUAGCCUUCAGACGAAUCAAAAAUGUCAGGAAAGGAUAAAGACAAAGACAAACAGGAGAAACAGUCCACAACGGAGCGGCUGAUAAAAGCUGUGCCAUACCCUCCACAACAUAAGCUAACUGUGAAGGAGCUAUUUGAAGAUGGCAAGCCCAAUGCUGAGCUGCUCCGCAACCACCUCGUCAAAGAGGGCAGGGUGGAAGAGGACGUUGCUCUAAGGAUCAUCAACGAUGGGGCCAACAUCCUCCGCCAAGAGAAGUGCAUGCUGGAAGUGGAGGCACCCAUAACAGUAUGUGGUGAUGUCCAUGGACAAUUCUUUGACCUUAUGAAGUUGUUUGAAGUGGGGGGAUCACCCAGUAACACACGCUAUCUCUUCCUCGGUGACUAUGUAGAUCGAGGAUACUUCAGUAUUGAGUGUGUUCUCUACCUCUGGUCGCUCAAGAUCAACCACCCCACCACACUCUUCCUCCUGCGUGGGAACCACGAGUGCCGACACCUCACAGAGUACUUCACCUUCAAACAGGAAUGUAAAAUUAAAUACUCUGAACGGGUGUAUGACGCCUGUAUGGAGGCCUUUGACUGCCUGCCCCUUGCUGCCCUGCUCAACCAACAGUUCCUAUGUGUACACGGCGGUCUUUCACCAGAAAUCAACUGCCUAGACGACAUAAGGAAAUUAGACAGGUUUAAAGAGCCUCCAGCGUUCGGGCCGAUGUGUGACCUGAUUUGGGCUGACCCUGGUGAGGACUAUGGCAGCGAAAAGACAACAGAACACUUCAACCAUAACUCCGUCAGAGGCUGUUCUUACUUUUUCAGUUACUCAGCAGUCUGUGACUUUUUGGUAAACAAUAAUCUGCUGUCAGUAAUAAGAGCUCAUGAAGCACAGGAUGCCGGGUAUCGGAUGUACCGAAAAAGCCAGACCACAGGCUUCCCUUCAUUAAUCACAAUCUUUUCAGCUCCAAAUUACCUAGACGUCUACAACAACAAAGCUGCUGUAUUAAAAUAUGAGAACAACGUGAUGAAUAUCCGACAAUUCAACUGCUCCCCCCACCCUUACUGGUUGCCCAACUUUAUGGAUGUCUUCACGUGGUCUUUGCCUUUUGUUGGAGAGAAAGUGACGGAGAUGCUGGUGAAUGUACUGAACAUUUGCUCUGACGAUGAGCUCAUGUCGGAGGGAGAUGACCUAUACGAAGGUGGAACCUCUGCGAUGCGUAAGGAGGUCAUCCGGAACAAGAUUCGCGCUGUGGGGAAAAUGGCCCGAGUCUUCUCAGUCCUCAGGGAGGAAAGCGAGAAUGUGUUAACACUCAAAGGCCUCACCCCAACUGGAACUCUUCCUCUGGGAGUUUUGUCAGGGGGAAAGCAGACCUUACAGACCGCUACGAUUGAGGCAGCUAAAGCAAAAGCCAUUCAAGGCUUCUCUCCCACGAGGAAGAUUCGUAACUUCGAGGAGGCACGUGGCCUGGACAGGAUAAACGAGAGGAUGCCACCGCGCAAAGACGGCCAGCAGCCAGAUGGCACCACGAUCAACACCAACACCCCCAACAAGAAUGGCACCGAUGGAUAGGCAACAGAAACACCACCUUCCCAUCUUCACACAACCCACACCCCCUGACUCAUAGCCCCCAACCACUCUCUGUCUCUCUUUCUCUCUUUUUCUGUCUCUCUCAGUCUGUCUCCUCUACUGAAACUGUCUGUCCUUCUUCAGCCCGCUCACAGUCGGGCGGGGAAAGGAAGCGGACACAUCAGUAGAUCAAAAAAAAAGGGAGGCCACGGGGCUGGGAAAAACUCCCAGCCACUGAAAAAAGACAAACAUAUGAUGUGUUAUCGGGGGGGAAAAUAUUUAGUGAAGAUGAAAUAUAUUAGAUAUAUUGUUUAAUAGCAACAAAUCAUUUGAUGAAGACAUUUUGCAGUUGUUCAAAUGUAUACCGUACACUGAAGUCCUAACUUAUACAUGUUAAAGUUAUAAAAAGGAGAAUUUUUUAAAAAUUUGAGUUAAUACAAAUAGAUAAAGCCUUUGUUAUCAAGGAGUUUUAGUCACUUUGUUUUUUUAUUCUCCAUGUGUUUGGUAAGGAAAA